AAAGAAAUAUGAGGGGUGUGUGGAAAAUGGUGGUGAAAGAUGGGUAUCUGUUCUUAUUUUCCUUUUCCAUUUAGCCGAGUCUACUUAACUGGUGGCUUUAUUUCUUUUCCUUUUCAGUUGGAGAGAAAGAGGCAGGAGGUACAGAACUCUGACAUGAGUCUGAGACAGCCUCCAUUUCCCUUUUUUUUUUACUCAUGAUACCUAAGAUCUGCCUCUGUGCGUUUGAGACCGAGAGAGAGAGGAAGGGAGGAAGAGAGAUCACUCCGGAGAAAAGGGGGAGAUAAAAGGAGGGAGAGAGGAUUCCAUAACCAUUCUUAUAUCACACCCCACGUGCUCAUGGGAUUGCAUCCCUCAGGAGAAUUUCACACCAUGGCGAUCAGGCCGCAAGCAUAUGGAGCUCCACGUUAUUCCAUGCAUCUGCGUGAGCUGAGCGAUGAGUGAUCUUAAGUCUCUCUUCCAGGAGAUAAGAGAGCUAUUUGAGAGAAUUUCUCUUCUUGUUUUGGUUUUUUGAUAGCUAUUUCCUCGAAUAGAAAUCAGAAUUAUCCAUGGCUACGUACUUUCAUGGCGCCCCCGAAAUCCAACCUGAUGGCUUGCAGACUCUCUACCUCAUGAACCCCAAUUAUGUCGGAUAUUCUGACACCGCAGCCGCUCAGGGCAACAUGGUCCUCCUGAACUCCAUGAAUUCUCUAAAUCCCAUGAACCACCAGCAGCAGCAGCAGCACUUCGUCGGCAUCCCCCUCCAACCAACCGUCGCCUCCCACGAAUCCAACCGCCCGCAGCCUAUCCAAGCCCCCGCCCAUGAUGUCUCGGCCAUCCAUGGUCUAGUCCCCCGCCUCCACUGCAACCUAUGGAGCCCGACACCGCCGAGCAACUCCAUCGACAUGGCCUCGCAGUUGGGCCCCCGACGCCCCUCCACCAUGCGUCAGCCUCAGCAAGGGCUGUCCCUCAGCCUCUCCCCGCGGGAGAUGGUCGCCCCGGUGCCGAACAUGACUCCGGCGAGAACCGAGGAAGCGAAGAUCCUGGGGUCUUCGUCCUCGGCGUCAGGUGUUUCCAGCGGCGUCUCAGGCUUGCAAAGCUUUUUGAUGGGUUCUAAGUACUUGAAGGCAGCUCAACAACUGCUCGACGAGGUGGUAAACGUCGGGCGGGGAAUCAAAGGUGAAUCCGCGAAGGGGACCAACUCCAAGAGUCCCAUGAAGGGCAAUAGGGACUCGGAGGGUACGGCCGCUGGGACGGGGGAGGAGGACACGAGCACGAAGCGCGGGGCUGAUCUUACCACAGCCGAGAGGCAGGAGCUUCAGAUGAAGAAGGCAAAGCUUGUGAACAUGCUGGACGAGGUGGAACAGAGGUACAGGCAGUACCACAACCAGAUGCAAGUUGUGGUCAGUUCCUUCGAAGCUGUGGCUGGAACCGGAUCAGCAAGAACAUACACCGCCCUCGCUUUACAGACCAUAUCGAAGCAAUUCCGCUGCCUCCGAGAUGCCAUCGCAGGCCAGAUUCGGGCUACAAGUAGGAGCUUAGGGGAGGAAGAAACCAAGUCUGGAGGCUCAAGGCUUCGGUUUGUCGACCACCACCUGAGGCAGCAGCGGGCUCUGCAGCAGCUUGGAAUGAUCCAGCACAAUGCUUGGAGGCCCCAGAGAGGAUUGCCCGAACGCUCUGUUUCGAUUCUUCGGGCUUGGCUCUUCGAACACUUCCUCCACCCCUACCCAAAGGAUUCAGACAAAAUCAUGCUUGCGAAACAAACAGGGCUCAGUAGGAGUCAGGUCUCUAACUGGUUCAUAAACGCGAGGGUCCGACUAUGGAAGCCGAUGGUGGAGGAAAUGUACUCGGAGGAGAUGAAGGACCCGGAACAGAACAGCGCUGAUGAGAAAGCUAGCAAGAGCGAUGCCAAUGAAAACUCAGUCUCCAAGUCCAGCGCAAAGCAAGAGAGCAGCCCAACGAGAACCGGGCAGGCCGAUAGUCUCAAAACAACACAAAACCAUCCAAAUGAUCCAAGAACUUCUUCGGUCGCAGCAGCACCGCCGUCGCCCUUAGGAAAUGAUCGGAGCCAUGCUUCCUACUAUGACAAUGAAGCAGCCAUGCAACCGAGGCUCAAGAAGGCAAGAAGGGGCGAAUCGCUGCAGCAUUUGAUCAGUUUCGAUAUGAAGUCAGAGGAGACAAGCAACCGAGAGCUUCUAAUGAAGUUUAUGGAUGGACAGCAGAGGGCCGGGGACCAAGGCUUUUCCUUGAUAGGAGGCACUACAAACCAUGGAGGAAGCUUUGGGGCUUACCCAAUUGCAGACCUCGGAAGGUUCGACUCCGAACAAUUCACACCAAGGUUUUCGGGCAAUGGUGUUUCCCUUACUCUUGGUCUCCCACACUGCGAGAACCUCUCUCUCUCGGGAGCGCAGCCAUCUUUUCUCUCCAACGAGAGCAUGCCAUCCUUCAACAACAACCCAAGCGUCGCGCAUCCUUCAAAUGCCUACGAGAGCAUUGAUAUCCCGAACAGAAAGAGGUACGCAGCUCAAUUACUACCAGACUUUGUAGCUUGAAUUAUAUCUGCUUUAGAUUUGGAAUGAGCGUAUCAGGUUGCUUGUAGAAUAGUAGUAGUUGGGGUCUGGGUAGAGAGAAACCUUUCACUGAGUGCUGAUAGCCUGAUAGGAGGACUAGUGUAUAGAAGAAUAGCUUCAGAUCGAUGGGUUUUAUACUUCACAGAGCCAUUUGUGUAUGGGAUUUGAGCAGAUUGGGAGUUGAGUUCAUAAAGCUGAGUAAUGUAUAUUGUUUCACUCCUUUGGAACAUACAUACCGCUCAUCAGUAUGCAAUUUUUAUUCAAAUAUAUGUAGGAUAGACAUACUUAUCUCUGUUCGUAUGUACUUAUGUGGGUCUUCGAUGUUGGACCUGAACGUAGUUUGUCUCGUAUGAAAAGAAAUUAAAUUUGGAUCA